AUGAAGUCCUCUAUUCGUGCUUGCUGCAACGAAGGGCACGAUGUUCUAACUGCCGUGGACAUGAGAGAUGCAUUGACGCAACACCCAGUGAAGGGAACAACAGCUGCAGUGAGCAUAGUCGACGAAUCAAAGCACACUCUCCGUAUAAAUAAGAUUGAGCGUUUUGGUAGCUUCCACAACUUCGAAUAUGGAGAUACCGGUCUGAGAGUUUGGAAAUGUUAUGGCAUCGGUAAAGGGAACUACAUUACAUAUGACGUAAUUUAUAUCAAGCACGAAGGUCAAACGUCCCUUCAAACCAUAGAAUCUCAAGGAAUUUAUGAUCCUCCUGAAAAGCGUGUGUUCAAGGGUUUUCAAAGGGCAUCAAGGAAACAGAGAGUACAACACCAUUGUUUGAAUGCUCUGUUCUUGGAUGUGUUGAAGUGUUCGAAACGUUUUCGCAGCUAGAGCUGCACCUGGACGUUGGAAAGCAUACAGUCAGCAGGUUAAGCCAGUAUGAUGCAAUCAAAAGGGACUGGGCCCUUAAAUUCUCGUCGAUAGAUACCGCUGGUAUCGAGUGUUCGAGCUGUUCGUUAGAUUCCAGUACACCACUCACUUCUUCCGGGGAUACUUCGCCUCACUCGUCUCUAUGA